AUGUGGAGGGCCACGCUGUCGAGGCUGGCACUGGUGGUAUGGGUCGCGCUUGCCGUCGUCGCGAGGGCCUGGGCGGCCAGGGCGGGCAUCUCUAAGGAACACGAUGGCGAGGACGGCGCUGCGGAGGAAGGUGGACAGGGAUUCGUGAAUGCUUUUGCGCGCUCCUUCAUGAUGAUUCUCGUGUCCGAGGCCGGCGACGAGACCUUCAUCAUCGCGGCGAUCAUGGCGAUGCGGCAUAAGAAGACGGUCAUCUUCGCGGGCGCCAUGGCCGCCCUAGCAGCUAUGACUAUCAUCUCCACGGCUCUGGGCGUCGUGAUCCCGAACCUCAUCAGCAAGAAGACCACCACGCGGCUCGCGACGCUCCUCUAUCUCGGCUUCGGCCUGCGGCUGUACUGGAUCGCCUACAACGCGGACCCGCACGGCACCGAGGAGGAAAUCGAGGAGGUGGAGGGGAAGCUCAAAGCCGGGAGCGCGGGGCGGCCCGGCCCGGUGCAGGCGGUGCGCAAGUGGCUGACGCAGUACGUCACCGUCGUAUUUGUCGAGUGCUGUAUUUUGACCUUCCUAGCCGAGUGGGGGGACCGCAGCCAGAUCGCGACGAUCACGCUCGCGUCGCAUAUGGACCCCAUCGGCGUGACGAUCGGCGCCAUCCUCGGACACUGCAUCUGCACAGGUGCGGCGUGUUUGGGCGGGGAGCUGCUGGCGAAGAGGAUCAGUCAGAGGACUGUCGCUGUCACGGGGGGGUCUUUGUUCCUUUUGUUCGCGCUGGGGAACGCCGUGUCGAAGUGA